AUGGCACACCCACCGGAGAGCGGCCCCCCGGAGCCCCCUGCGCCCUCGAGCCCCACUGCCGCCUGCCCCGAGCCGGGGAGGUCCCCAGAGAGUGGGUCCCCCUCUCCCAUGUCAGCUGGGUCCCCUCCCUCCUCCUUCAGCUCCUCCGAUGAGGAGCUGGAGGAAGAGCUGCUGGGGGUCCUGCCCGGGCGGGCCCCUGCCAGUGCUGCCUGCGGUGCCCUGGACUGGUCCGUCUUCGACAAGGACCACGACCUCUUCCCGCGGGGAGGCUCCUCGCACUUCGAGUUCCCGGACUAUUGCACGCCCGAGGUGACGGAGAUGAUAGCAGGGGACUGGCUCAUGUCCAGCAUCUCAGACUUGGUCUUUACCUACUGA